UUUUUUCACAGUGAGGAUUCCUCGGUGUGCACGGUGUGUGUGUGCUGGAAGUAGAUGCGGGAGUUUACCUGGAGGACACACAUGUCGAACAAACAGUGGAGACUGUGCCCGAGAUAAUAGCAGAAGUCCCCGCCGGACCAUGGGACUGACGGAGCUGCUGCUCGGACUGCUGUGGUUCCGCUCUGCUGUGCUCUGUGCAGGCUGCAGUGAGCGGGUGGAGGUCCAUACAGAGCGGAGGGGUGUGAUCUACAGCCCCUCCUGGCCUUUAAACUACCCCGCUGGAGUCAACUGCAGCUGGCACAUCCAGGGAGGUCAGGGGGAGGUCAUUACCAUCAGUUUCCGAAACUUUGACUUGGCCGAGUCGGGGAAUUGUUUGGGAGACUGGCUCCUGCUGACUCCUACGUGGAAUGGGGAAUCCAGGCUGUGCGGCUCUAUGUUGCCUCCACCCGUCAUCUCCACCAGGGGGCGCGUUUGGCUCUACUUCCACUCUCAUGCCAACAGCUCCGGGCAAGCCCAGGGCUUCCGCCUCUCUUACAUCAGAGGUCAUCUGGGUCAGAGCAGCUGUCAGUCAGAUGAAUUCCUGUGUGGGAAUGGGAAGUGUCUUCCUCGCUCCUGGAAGUGCAACGGUCAGGAUGAAUGUGGCGACGCCACCGAUGAACGCAGUUGCUCCCCCCCUCCCACUGAGGCCCAGCCUGGCGUCUGCCCCUUCGGCUCCCUGCCGUGCACCGAGGUCCAGUCCACCCGCUGCCUGCCUGCCGCCCUGCGCUGCAACGGAGCCCGGGACUGCCCUGAUGGGACGGAUGAGCUGGGUUGCCCCGACACCACAUGUGGCAAACGUCUGGGGAACUUCUAUGGCUCUUUUGCUUCCCCAGAUUUUUUCCGGGCCAAUCGCAGCGCUGUGACAAAGUUGAGAUGCUCCUGGCUGCUAGACACCCAGGACCCGAAACCCAUUGUGCUGCAGCUGGACCUGCAGCUUGGGCCUGGAGAUUCACUGCAUGUUUACGAUGGCCUGCUGCAGCAGGCGGAGCAUCUCUUACAGGUGUUGUCGUAUCAUAACAACAGGCGCCUGGCGCUGCUGGAGUCGAGCCGAGGACAGAUGAGUGUGUUGUACAUGGCCCAGCCUCACAGCCCUGGACAUGGCUUUAACGCCACAUACCAGGUCAAAGGUUACUGUUUUCCUGGCGAGCACCCCUGUGGCAGCGAUCAGGGCUGCUACUCUGAACGGCAGCGCUGCGACGGCUACUGGCACUGCCCGUCUGGCCGUGACGAGGAGGCCUGCCCGACAUGCCCAGAUGGGGAGUUUCCCUGCGAGGGCGGUACCGGAGUGUGCUACCCAGCCUCGGAGCGCUGCAACAACCAGAAGAGGUGCCCGGAUGGGUCGGACGAGAAGAACUGCUAUGACUGCCAACCUGGAAACUUCCACUGUGGGACUAACCUCUGUAUCUUUGAGACAUGGCGGUGUGACGGGCAGGAGGACUGCCUGGACGGGAGCGACGAGAGGGACUGCCUGGCUGCAGUACCCAGGAAGGUCAUUACUGCAGCCCUGAUUGGCAGUCUGGUCUGUAGUCUGCUCCUGGUCAUUGCCCUCGGCUGUGCCCUCAAACUCCACUCACUCAGGAGCAGAGAGUACAGAGCCUUUGAGACUCAGAUGACUCGCAUGGAGGCAGAAUUUGUUCAGAGAGAGGCUCCGCCCUCUUAUGGUCAGCUGAUCGCCCAGGGUCUCAUCCCUCCAGUGGAGGAUUUCCCGGUAUACAGCCCCACCCAGGCCUCCAUGUUACAGAACCUGCGGCUGGCGAUGCGCAGACAGAUCAGACGUCACUCAACGCGGCGCUCCACCUCUUCCUCCUCUCGACGGCGUCUCGGGCAUCUGUGGAGUCGCUUGUUCCACAGUGGAGGGAGAGCCAGAGGCCACGUCCCACUGUUGGAUCCCCCUGGACACACACAGAUCACACUGGGGCUCCACAGCUACCGAACAGUGGGGGAGCAGGGGCCUCAGGCCAGGGCCAGGGAUCAGCUUGGGGAUGAGGUUGAUACAGUGGGUAGCGGCUCCAGCUGCUCAGCCACUAUGGAUCUGCAGCCCUACACGCCAGAGAGCCCUGCCUCACCCCUCUCCUCGCAGUCAGUGGACAGUCCAGAGGAUGAGGAGCCAUCACCUGUUAGCAGGGAAGGCACCAGGGCUCCACAGUCUGAGCCUCCCACUGCUGGUCAGAGUGACUCUUCAGCCCACAGUGGACUUCCUCCUAUCCCCCAGGAAGCCUCUGUGUCUCUAUGCCACCCCCGGGCAUCUAGGAAACUAGUUCUGGAGCUUGCUGUCAACCUUAAAGGUGUUUCCUUGAGACGUUACUCCCCUCUAGGGCCCCUGUCCCCUGUCUCACCCCCUGUGUUUCCCAGCAGCUCCCAGACAACAACAACCCAAUCUCACCCACAGGUUCCAGAGGUGACCUCACCCACUGAGCCCUUGUCUUCUUCUAUGAAAGCAGAGGACAGUGACAGCCCCUUUACUGUGGAAGUGCCAAGCAGGGACAGAGGAAGCAGGGAUGAGAGGAGGAGGGAGGGCAAGAGCAGGCUCUGCAGGUUCAGCAGGACCCGUAGCGAGGAGGGAGGAGAUUCGGGGAGGGAGACGACGCCAUCCUGA